CAAUGAACGGAUAAUGUGACAAAAGAUUAAUUUUGCAGCAUCUGCGUGUGAUUUAUGGUCAACUGAGAUUUUUUCGUGUAAAAUUGUUAUAUUUUAAACCCCCUCUUUACUCUGAAGAGAAUACACUGAGAGGAGGACUUUGAUUCAACCCAGUAGUCUUUAUACCCAUGUCUCUCAACUUGACUCAUUAACUUACGCAAAAAUGGGUAUUUUGAGUACACAACUUGUACUUAAUAUAUCCCUUUAUUAUAUCAACGCAACAACCUUCAAAGAAUGAUUACUAAGAUGCAUAGAAGAGACCAAUACACCUUGUAAAUAAUACAGCGUUAACCAAAAGUGCAAAGGCGGCCGUCAAUAUCAAUGAAAACAUGAGGAAACAACGCAAUUUCAUGUGUUUUAUUUUUGGGUUUUUUCUCUUUAUGUUUGUUUAUUAUGCAAACUAUCAGCAUAUUCGUUUAAAUAAGUACGAAGUGUCAGACGAAAGGCUAUUUGAAAAACCUGACUUAAGAAAUACCAGUGCCGCCUUUUUAGUAGAUACCUCUGCUUGCAAAAUCCCGCAUAUAGGUCCGUUUGAUAAGUCAGUGAAGCGCAUGCUAAAGAAUGGAACAGCAUUAAAGUGUGCCGUAAUGGAUGAUCUAGUAUAUUCAAAUGGAAGUACUAUAUUUAUUAAUUGGAAAGCUGUUAAUAACUCGAAAUUUAAAAAUAAAAUGAAAUACUGCAAAUAUGAAGUCAUUUGGAGACCAUAUAAUGAAAUGCAAGACCACAACUAUUUAAAAUUCAUAAACGAAAGUAAUGAAUUUGUAGAUCGUAUUGAUAUAUCAGAUGAAUUCGUUCGUGUAAAAUGCUACACUGGAGCUGGUCUAGACUUGUAUACAAAUUUCUUCGCUUUUGUUCAUUUAAAAGAAGACGUCGAAGAUAGAUGUGAAAAAAAUUCCAUAAAAUUUGCAAACACACAAAAUGAACAGUUAAAUAUUUUGAUGUUGGGUGUAGAUUCGAUAGCUCGAAAUAAUAUGUUACGUUAUAUGAAGAAAACUUGGUCGUAUUUGGUAAACAAAGUCAACGCCAUAGAUUUACUUGGCUAUAAUAAAGUUGCUGAUAACACUUUUGUAAAUAUAGUUCCGAUGACAGCAGGACAAUAUGUCGAUCAGUUACCAUGGAACGAAUCAAUAAGGUGGACGCCAAUGGACAACUACAAUUUUAUAUGGAAUAAUUAUUCUGCAAAGGGGUAUCGAACUUUUUAUGCUGAAGAUCAUCCUGAUAUAGCAAUUUUUGAUUUUGGGAAAUCUGGUUUUAAAAAACCUCCUGGAGAUUACUUCAAUAGGCCUUUAAGUAUUGCUAUGGAAAAAACUAAAGAGGUUUGGAAUUCUGAUCAUUAUUGUGUACACGGGAGAAUAGAAACUGAUAUAGUUCUAGACUAUUUGAAGAAUUUUGCGAAGAUGUUUCAGUCUAAACCACAUUUUUCCUUCUCAUUCAUCACAAGGCUAACACAUGCAUAUCUUGAAGAAGCAUACAAAGCAGAUGAAAUCUACCUUAAAUUUUUCAAAGACAUGUUUGAAAGCGAUAACUUAAAAAACACAGUUGUAUUCUUUUUUAGUGAUCAUGGGAUGCGUUUUGGUGAUGUUAGAGAAACUUUUGUCGGAAAAUUGGAAGAACGUCUUCCUUUUAUGUUGGUUGUAUUCCCUCCAUGGUUCCUAAAAAAGUAUCCAGAUAUUCAAAGAAAUUUACAGAUAAAUACUAGAAGACUUACAACUCCUUUUGAUAUCUUUGCCACAUUAGAACAUAUUCUAGAUUUCAAUGGAGUUCAAAAAAAUGAAGUGAACAAGCAAAGAUCAAUGAGCUUGCUUGAUGAAAUUCCAGAAGACAGAACCUGUGACGAAGCUGAUAUCCUACCUCAUUGGUGCACGUGUUCUAAGCAUGAACCUUUAGAUAUUCAAAAUAAGACAGUUAUCAAAAUUGGUCAUACUUUGGUAUUUAAGAUUAAUCAAGAUUUAAAAGAUUCCUUUGACGUUUGUGAAAAAUUAUACUUGAAGUCUAUAAAAUAUGCUCUGCGUGUUAUACCGUCCGACAAAGUGCUUCGAUUCGAACAGAGCAAGAAUGACGUCAUAGAUAGGAAAGUUAUAUACGGCGAUCGAGUUGAGUCUUAUAUUGAUUAUCAGAUAACCGUACAAACAAAGCCGGGAGAUGCUGUCUUUGAGGGGACAUUACGGUACGACGAGAAAGGAAAAACAUAUAACUUAGUAGGUGAUGUCAGUCGAAUAAAUAAGUACGGUGAUCAGUCACACUGUAUUGAACAACAUCAUCUUAAAAAACUUUGUUACUGUAAAAUACAGCUAUAGAAUGUCAAA